AUGAGCGGCCAUGAACCAUGGGUUCCAGAAGCGCCAAAAUACGCCGAAAACAAUGCCGACAGCGACGCUCGCUCUAUCAACGACGAUAAUGCCAACAGCGACGAUAAUGCCGACAGCGACGCCGAAAACAAUGCCAGCAACGAUGCCGACAGUGGCGCAAACAGCAUAACGACAAUAAUGCCAGCAACUACGCUGAAAAUGAUACCGACAGCGACUCUCGCUAUCAACGACGAUGAUGUCGACAGCGACGCCAACAACGUAACAACAAUAGGCGUAUUCGGUGGCUCGCAAUGUCAAUGUCUUUUCAUUUUAUUAUUAUAUUUAUUAUUUAAUUUUUUUUUUAAUUUUAUUUUACAGUCACCAAGCCGUCUGGAAUCAUCAGAGCAGACCACAGGCCGUCAGUUGCAGCGCGUGCUGCACUAUUCGCCUUGCCGAUCAUUGCCAGGCUUUCAAAGGACAGAAUGUGUUUUGCAUGAUGUUGACUGUGAUGAAGUUUACCCAGGAAUUUAUAUUGGCGAUGCUGCGGCAGCAAAAAAUAAAACUUACCUGCGUAUGAUGGGAAUAACACAUGUACUGAAUGCCGCGGAAGGUUGUCGUUAUGGACAAGUGGACACUGGGCACAGUUACUACCGUGAUAUGCCAAGUGUGAGAUAUAUGGGCUUCCCAAUGGUUGAUGCCCCAUCAACAGAUAUAUCCAGAUACUUUUAUGUGGCAGCAAAAUUCAUAGAUAGCGCCAUCAGUGGUGGCGGUAAAAUUCUGGUACAUUGUCUUGUUGGUAUGUCCAGAUCGGCUACAUGUGUGCUGGCUUAUUUGAUGAUUUGUCGUAAAAUGUCUGCACAGGAUGCGAUACGUAAAGUACGCAUGCGUCGUGACAUACGUCCUAACGAAGGUUUCCUGCAACAAUUAGCUGAUUUGGAUAUGGAGCUUAAACGCAAAAAUCUCUAUCCAUACUAAAACAAUCGAAUUGGUCUCCUUUUAUAAAACACAACACACUUUAUAUAUUUAAUAACAUUUAAAACAAAAAGAAAAAAAACUUACAUAUACACUUAAAAGUAAGAACAAGUGGAACACAUAUAUAAAGUUCUAAACUAUUUAUAUUUGUUAUAUAUACUAAAAAAUAAAAAAAUAAAACCAAUUAUAAGGAACAAACAUUUUUAAACGAAUAAACCAAAAACCAAAUAUUGAACAACUGACUAUUAACGUA